GUUGUGGUUCCUGCUGAUUUUGUGGGGCCCGUCGCCGCGACUUGAGUUCGGGAAUGGGAGAGAAAUUAUGUCUGCCGAUACCGACACCGACGACAACGAUUGAGACCCAAUAGGAUAUCUCACCACACCAGUCAGUGUGUGUUGAUGGGGAUUGGAAUCCGGAAAAAAUAUUGUGUAUUUUUCGCUAUUGCUGGCUCUGGUUUUCGAUUGUCGGUAGUCGUCCUCCAUGAAAGGAAAAACUUUUUCCCGAGUGCCGCAAGCAUUUUUCCGAUGGGACAGAAGUGUGUGAAGAAAUUGAUUGUGAUAAGUGAAACUCUAAAUUUAAGUGCAAUUUGGUCGAUCCGAGGACGAUUCUGUGUGAAGUUUUUCUAGGGAAUGUUGUUUUUUUCUUGGUCGUUUUCGUCGGGUGGCGGUUUUCGAUAGAAAAGUUGGUAUAGUACUUUUUCCUCUAGUUGUGUUGCAUUUCUUUCUCUGCGGCACCAUCGAGAUUAGCGACGACAGUGAAGACAGAGAAGUAGACGACACGGUGGUAUUCUCGGCUUUGAGGAGACAAGAAUUUGCGACAACAACGUCGAAUGAAGAAGAACAAAAGGGUCUCCCCGCAGCACCGAAAAAGACACGCACUGUGUCUUCAAUUUCUUUUUAAUUUCGGCCUCUAGAGAGCCAAAAUACCAACCAAAAAGCACCGAACGACGGCCACAUGAAAGCGGAGAGGUGGCAAAUCGGCGAGGAAGAAGCGGUGAUAUAUUUAGAGUUUUAGUUUCUUUAACUCCGACGGCGGUCUCGGUUGAUGUUGCUGGUUCCUGAUAUUCAUUACAAUUGGACACCCAAUCGGUGAAGAAGAAAGUGUUGGACCAAUUAGAUCAAUUAUCGGGAAGAGGCGAAUCUCUUCCGCGUACUCUGUUCGGACUUCUUUCGUUUCGUGGAUUUCUCUACUACAUAGUGCCGUAUUUAGUAAAAAUGGUUACUCGACUUACUAUUUGUGAUACUUGGAACGGGAUGAUUGUUGUUCUGUUCCAAUAGUGCUGUGCCAUAUUAGCGAUUAAAAGGUAGAUGAAAAUGUGACAAAAUGGGUGCUCUCUUAAGCACUGGGAAGUGACGAGACCUAUACACUGGGUGAAAAUCAACUAUGGCCGAGAGCGUGUGUGUGAGAAUUUUCACGAUCCCAUUGUGUGUGAACCGUGAAGUCGCGUGUUUCUAGAAAUUGAUUCCAACCACAUAAGAGCAUAAUAAAAGCCGGUCUUCCCAUAAAAAAUCCCGAACAAGAUAAUUGGUAUUCAUAUUCCGAAGUCGUGGAUCAUUAAUUACUGUUUUGUCAAUAUUUUUAACCCCCCCGCCUGUGAGACAAAUAUUGCGGAGAAGCAGAAGAAAAAAACGUGCGGAGGGAAGCAACAUCUUGGUGUGGUGGAUCACAAAAUACGGUGACAGGUGGCAGAGAGAGCAGUUGGGGUUGAAAGUUGUGCCGUGCUGAACUGCAUGUGAGUUUCAUGCAGGCCGAAACGAAUCGGAGGAAGAAAUGAGGGAAGCGGCAAACAGCCAGUGGAAGUGUAUCGUUAUACUCUCUCAAAAACCAUCCACUACGAGAGAAAGAGACUCUCUUCCGUUAAGCGCGGAACUCGGAGAAACUAGAAACUGACCUCCGUCAAUUCCGCCCAACCGAAUACCCGGUUCCGCUCUCGUCAUUCCGUCAAGCCGAACCCGGGACCGCGUGAAGUGUUAUGACACGAAUUCCGGCUUGUUGGAGCCGCCUCUACUUCUCGUCGUCGUCGCGAGUGUACUCGAAACAAAGCACAACAAAAAACUAUGAAAAAGUGCCACCCAUUCGACGUCUGUCAUAAUAGGAUAGUUUAAAGAAAUCUACAUUUGCACAUGAAGCAUAAGCAAGAAAAAAAACUUUUCUAUCUAGUUCUCUUGUUGGAUUCUAUGUGAACGAUAUGUGACGACUGUGACUGAGGGACCCCUUCAAGAACGUUACAACACUAACCGGCCUUCAGUGUAUACUGUGUAUAGAGUAGAACAAUAUCAUUUCCGAAAAAGAAGUAUAAAUACAACCCCCAUCCCUUACCGGUGGUUCUUGCUAGUUUACACCUGCGAAUACUGUGUCAAUCCAGUUCAGCACCUGAUCACCGUUUAACGUUCGUUCCUUGGAGGCACUCCUUCUUCUUCAUCUUCUUCUAUUAUGGACCCCGCGGCAACGGUCAAUCGUGGCGGACGGCAUCUACAGCAACGCGCUGUUCAUGCAUGCGGCCACCUCACAUGUCGGCAACAUCGUCCAGGUCCAGACGGCAUCCGGUAUCAUAUUCGAAGGAGUCUUUCGGACGUUCUCGUCGCAAUUUCAGGUUGUACUGGAAAUGGCCCAUCGUAUUGAGAUCGGCCCAGACAACGAGAGCAAAAUACUCGUCGAUUCGGUGGUGGAUCGACUCAUCUUCAAACCCGGCGACAUUGUUAGUAUUUCUGCCAAAGACGUCGACCUAGACUACGCCACACGGGACACCUUCAAGACGGACACGGCCAUAUCCCGGUGCAACGGAAACGGCCGGCCAGAAGAACGGGAGCUCGAACCGUGGGAUGAAAGUGGAGCCCUGAACGGAGAUUGCGAGUUCAGUCUGGAACUAGAUGCCAAUGCAAAUGGGUGGGAUGUGAAUGAUAUGUUCCACAAGAACGAAACGAUUUACGGAGUACAGUCUACGUUUGAUCAAUCGUUAACCGGGUACACGGUUCAGAUUCAGAAGAAGGAUUCUGACGACUUCAAAAAUCAGGAAUCGGAAGCAGAACGAAUUGCUAACGAGAUAGAAAGCAAUCCGAUUUAUAAGGAUAGGAUUGAUUUGGAGAACGGCGACGAGGAAUCGGCUUUUGCAGCUGUUGUCCGACCGGCGAACGCCAGUCCAGUUCAGCCAUCAUCGGCGAACUCAUCUUCAGCACAAAGCUCUAAUAGUAUGAACGACAAGGGAGGUAGCAGCAACAAUAAUUCUAGUAACAAUAAUACAGUGAUGCCAUCGAACGCGAAGUAUAUCGUACCGGCCAAACGUAAACCAGGUCAAGCCGGAAAACUAACAGUGCGGAGUACUCCACCUCCAGCUCUUGCAAAUAACGGUGCACCACCAAGCCAACAGCAACAGCAGCAGCAGCAGCAACAACCACAACAGCCACCCUCGCAACAACCACAGAGUCCACAGGCACCUCCCCAUUCGAAGAAUACCUAUCCUAGUAUGUCGAUGCCAUCGCAGCAGCAACAGCAGCAGCAGCAACAACAACAGCAGCAGCAACAGCAACAACCCCAAUCUCAGCCUCAACAGUCAGCUCCUGUGAAUCAACACGGAGGAGGAAUGCAACAGCAGCAACAGCAACCUCAGUACGGUGGGAUGCAUUCGAAUCAGUAUGGUGGUCAUGUUCCACAGCAUCAGAACCAUCAACAACAACAGCAGCAGCAGCAAGUCCCGCCGCCCCAGCAGCAGCAGCAACAGCAUAACCAAUCAUCUUCAGUUGUAAAUAGUAGUAAUAAUAUGAAUAAAAUGAACGGUGACGGUGGUGCCCGGGACAUGUCACAAUCUAGUAAUAAUAUGAAUGUAAAUAGUAAUACUAAGCCAAUGCCGCAGCGAACAGUUCGGCAGCCACAGCAAUACCAGAACACGGCACCGGUGAACUACAGUGAGCCGCCGCCCUCGUUGGGUCCACAGCAAAUGCAAUCUAUGGGCAAACCUCCGAUGCACGUUACUCACGGGCCCCAUCAUGGAGUUGCCACACACAUGCCGCCACCACCAGUUGCGGUUGCGGCCGGAGAUCCAUCGCAAAUUCAACCACCACAAGUGGUUAUGCAACCACAUCACGUUGUGCUGCCGCCUCCAAUGAUAAACGUUGGAGGACCCGCCCCUCCCCAGCAGCAACAAAUGCAACAACCCCCACCACAACCUCAACGACCGGUUGUGGUGCGCUCUCGCGAUAUGGAAGUCGACAACCUACGCAAAUUCCAGCAGGAUUUCAAACUUGCACCACCCCAACAACAGCAACCUCCUAUGCAUCAACAACCGCCCCCGCAGCAACACGCAGUUCAACAAACCAUGCAGCAACAGGAGCAAUCCCCAAUGGAAUCCUCCCCUCCGAUCGCUCAAAAACACUCAGAACCGCCACCACACCAGCAGCAGCAGAACCAAGCGUCGCAAACACCCUCGGGAAUUGUUCACCAACAACCCCCGCAGCAUAUGAUUCAAUCUCAGCAACAAUCUCAACGACCACCCCAACAACCAACCCCUCCCCAAACCCAGCAACAAUCCACAUCCACUUCGCCCCCACAGUCAUCACUGCACAAUAGCAGCAACACCUCCAAUUCAAGUCAACAGAUCAAUACUUCGGCUAGCAGUACCGGUAGCGGUAGUGUGAUCAGCUCCAACCCUGCUACCGCCGGUGGCCAAAGUCAGAACAGUUCCCUGCUGGACGUCAGCAACACCAGUGGAGCUUCCGUGAACACCAGCACGGAUGGUUCCGCCAAGGUCCCUCCGGUGAAGAAAACUUUCACCCUGAACCCUGCAGCGAAACCAUUCACGCCACGUAGUCCCAGCACCCAGAACCCAUCACGUCACACGUCUUCUAGCCCGCACACGCCGCAAACUCCGGGGCCGAUCAUGAGCCAGGCACCGCCGCAACCGCAGCAACAGCAGCCACAGCAGCAGCAACAACCCCCGCAGCAACAAACGGGCUAUCCGGGCCAGCAGCAGCACGUCGCCGCCCCGCAGCAGAUCAUCAUGUCUUACAUGAUGCCCCCGCAGGCCACAUUCCAGACAACCCAGCAGCAUCCCCACGCCGGCCAGCAGACCCGCAUCCGGAAAGGUGGGUUCCGAGUACCGGUUGCAGCCCAGAUACAGGUUGCCGCGGCUACUGGACAGCCGCUGGUGGCUCCCGGACCAAUCCAGAUGCUGCCUCCCUACCCGCCAACUUUCCACCAUCAGCCCUUCCAGCCGGCGCCGUCAUUCCCGCAGUACCGAAUCUAUCACGAAAGCCCGCAACCCACGCAGCUCCAAUACCUGGCCCCGACACCGCCCUCCACGACUCCCUCGCCCGGUCAACCCCAUCAGCAGUACCACCCGGGACCGCAACCAUCUCCGGCAGCGGCCGGACCGCAAGCCUACGCUCCCGCUCACCAGCAGCAGCCUCCGCACUAUCCGAUGAUGUGCCCGAUCGUGGCUGCCCCACCCCAGAUUAUGCCCACAGUUUAUCCGAACAUGGCGCAGCAGCAGCAGAACCAUCACCAGCAAAAUCUGCACGUGAUGCAUGUCGCGCAGCAUCCUUCCGCUCAGUAGCAUAAAUUCAACGCCAGUGCUAGCACCAGUCUUCAUCACCAUGUCCAUCAACAGCAGCAACAACAAGGUGGUAGUCUAAAUGGUAUCAGCAGUGGUAGCAGCAGCGUUACCACGACCCAUCCGCAACAACACCAUUUACACCACCAUCAUCAACACCAUCAGCAAACGCUGCAGCAUCAACAGAACGUAGGAAAUGGACAUCACCAUUCCCAUCAUGGUACAUCGUCGUCGUCGUCCUCGUCGUCAACGGUCGGAGGAGGAGUGGCAACCAUCUAUGGUGGAGCUGCUGCUGCUACUGCUGCUGCCGGUAGCAACAGUCACAGCUACCAAGUCAACCAUCACGGAGGCGGCGUCCAUCACCUGCAUCAACAACACGGCGGCAGUGGCGGUGCAGCGACAGCAGCAUCCGGUGGUCACAGCGGCGGAUAUCAUCAGCAUCAUCAUCACCAUCACCAUCAUCACCAAUCCAGCAAUAGUAACGGAGCGACCGCGGCCGCCGCCACUUAUUCGACGAUGGCUGCCGCCGCUGCGACCAUGUCCUACGGUGGGAAAACAAUCAAAAACUAACUUCGUUGAACCAUCAAUAGUUUUUUUUUUCUGGUUUUUGGUUGAGUUGUUGAAUGUUUUCCGUUGAUAGUCUCAGCUUAUUGCACAUACUCUUCAUUCAUACAAAACACCAUUAUUACUAAAACAUUAAAAAACACUUCCCUAAAACAAACAUUUUCACAAAAACACAAGUAAGAUUAGACAGCAUCAAUGUGACCCUCGGGGCGGAUACUGUUCUUUGCUAUCUAUUGUGCUACAACUAAAAGUAUUGUAAAACGAAGAAAACAGAAAAUUGUAAAGAGUGAUGAGCAAUGCAAGGGGUUAGGUUUUACGAUAAUGAUAACGGUUGGUUGAUUGGCGAGAAAUGAAGGAGCAGAAGAAUGGUGUUGCAAUAUAACCAGCCGGCACUGGAGAUCUAUUUGUUUUUUUUCUUAUUCGUGUGUUCACAUAAGUAUUUAUGGUGGAAAAAUUGUCAUACUGACCUUAGGCUGCAGGAACUUGAACUACCUAGUUUGGAAAAGAUAUGAAAUCAGAAUGCUUCGUUACACUCACUGACUGUUUGCCUCAAAUGUCCAAUUGUGCUGAUGGUUUUUAUAGGCUAUCAGCUUUAUCUAAUUUUUUUAUGAUCUGCCAAAAUUCUCAAGUCAAGUUUUCUUUUUAAAAUUUAAAACAAUCUGAAUAAGUAAGUAUAAAUCUGAUGAAGAAAGAGAAACACACUAUUGAUAAGAGUUCAGCUUAUAUUUGUCAAAGAGGGUAACAAAGAAUAUAGGACAUAUGUCUUGAAUAAGCUGAUCAUCUUCUAAAAAUUCAAAAAUUAGGUCCUAUUUUUUGGAAAUCUUAGAAAAAGUGAUCUUAGUUUUCGUUUGGUUUUGCCAUAAACUUCUGGUUGAGCGUUUUUCAAAAUUAGUGUGUUCUGGAUUCUGAAUAUGUAAUUUUUCCAAACGGAGUUCUAUAAAUUUAAUUUUUUUCUGUGCAUUUCUUGAAUUGAACUUAGAAUUAAUCUACUUUGAAAUUGACAGUAACUUAGAAUUAAUCUAUUUUGAAAAGAUUAAAUUAGCCAACAAUUAGCUCUUUCUUCAUAAAAUUUAUAAACAUUGGCGAUCUUGAAGCGAAAGACUUCUGAAGUUUUUGCAAUCUCUCUUCAAAAAUUUCAUAUUUUUUUAUCUAAGAUUUUAUAAAGAGAUGAACCAGCUGAAAGCUGAAAUUCUCUAUAAUAAAGACAUUAAAAAAAAUAUAUAUGACUUUAUGCAAAGUUUGAAUUUUCAAGCCCAUUUUUCGGUUUUUUAUUAAUAAAAAUCGAAAAAUGAAGCAAAUUAUAACAUCUGAAAACAAUCCUUCUUAAGGACAACACUUUAAAUAAUGAGACAUCAAAAAAUUGUAACGAAGCAUCUUCAUUCUUAUGAUAUGGAAAGAUAAACAAUUUUCCAAUCUCACAAGUUCAGGCUGUAUCGCAAAUUGAAGACCUUAGACAAAACAAUAAACACAACAAAAGAUUUUCGCAAAAAUAGAAAAAAAAACCGCCCACGCAACAGAAACGAACAGAAACAGAAUAUUUUUAGACCAUUUUGUUGACCCUACUAAGCUAUAUAAUUAGUUGUUGUUGUUGAACUACGAUUGGUUAUAAUGGAAGAGAAGAGGAAUGAAAAACAUGACGGUGCACCAGUUAGCAAUCGUGUAUCUACCUAUUUGCCUGUUGUCAAAUUAAGUUUGGCUCGAACUCAUUCUCAGAGUUGUCUAUUGUUUGCCAUUUUUCUCUCCGCAAGUUGUGAGUCGAUGAGAUCAACUCGAAAUUCGAACGUUUCCCCUUAGAACGAGUUAAAAACCUAUGUAUUAUAAGAAGAACAGAAAGUAUUCAAUUUAAAUGAUCAUUUGAACAUCAGAAAGUCAGAUACACGAUUGCUGCUUGGCAGAAAAAACGUCUCGUAACGAAUCUAGCAAAAAGCGAACAAAAAGCAUAAUUCAACAAAAUACUCUUCUUAAAAGAAGACUUUGAUUGCUAAAAUCUAGGAGAAAAAUCUUUGAAGAUCGUUUGAAGCAAAUGUAUUGCAAGCGUGAAAAGUUUUACUGAAGUAUUGUGCAAUUACAUUCAUUUUCUUUUUUUUUUCUUCUAAAAAUUAAGACUUGUUUGUUCAUUUAAGAAUUUGAAUCUUUUGCAAAAUAUCUCUUCGAACUCGAUUCAGUUCUAUCUCUUUAAGAAUUAUCCCUUUAAUUGAAAAGUAUCAGAAUAUAAGCAAGAAAAUCAUAAGUGUCAAUGAGUUAUUCAUCGAAUUAACAAAUGAAAACAUUCUUCGGUAUUUUUUUGUUAAUUUUAAAUAAGAUCUAAGAGCAAUUUUCAAAAGAAUCACAGCUAUUACGACGUCAAACUUUUUUUGAAAUAAAAAUAUAUCGUUAUUUGAUGCGAUAUUAGUUUGGUAUGAUAAAAAAAUAUAUCAUGCUUUUGAAAAAUCUGUAAUAAAUUUGCAAAAAACUUUCCUAAAAUGAUCAUUUAAUUAUUUAGAGAGUAUUGGAUGUCAGUCAAAAUGUUUGUAACUUUUCCAACAGAUCCGUUAGAGAUGAGACCAACUCAAAAAGGAAAUGAAUGUAACAAAAAAACUUCAAAACAAAAUAAAAAAAACUACGCGACUUAACUUGCUAAAUACACAAACACGGACGACACAAAUACAUAAAAUAAAAAUGCUUUUAUAAUUAAAAUAAAAUCCAUCACCACAGACACGAAAAACAGGAGAAGUAGGUAGAUAAAUUCGCCAAACGCCGGAAAUCACUUGCGUUAAACUGAACAAAGUAAAAGAGAAACAACAAAUGAAGUGGAAAAAUGUAAGUAAUACGAGAAAAAACUGGACAGCUCACUGAUGAACGAAUGACGGCGGCAAAAGCGAGACAUGCGAGAUAUAUCCUUCAGAGGAAAACUUACAUUAUUAAUAAUAAUCUCUAGAUUAAUAGAUUUGAUUGCCCGCGUGAAGUCUUUGCGAACGCGAACUGAGGAAACGAAUGUGUGAAUCUUGUUUUUUGUGUGUGGUCGAGUGCAGAACGAACAAGAGAUGAAUGUGAUUUUGUUUUCUUUGAAUUAAGAAGAGAAUGAACAAUAUCGAAAGACAAAACCAGAUCGUCUCGGCAACGAAAUAUCAGUUGUUGAGUAUUGUCGAAUAAUAUAGUACAGCGUGAAGGAGGAGGUGUAACAAAAAAAAACUAAAUAGCCAAUGUAACUUAUUGAAAGGAAACUAACAACUCUAUAGGAAAGAAAUUGAAUAAAUGGUUUAUGGCCUCAGAUGAGGGAAAACGCGUGAACCGCUAGGAAUGUGAAAAAACACAAACUACUAGGCACUAUGGAAGCGAGAAGUAGAAGGAAGGAUCAAGCAAAUGGAUUAUACUCGUCUGGAGUGGAUCCAGAAGCGACUACGCCACAAUAAAAAAAACGCAGAGAGCAAGUUGAUAAUCUCUCUGGCAUCCAAAUCGGUGCUAAAUUACUGCGAAGCGAACUAAUUAAUUCGGAGUGUGAAAAAAGUAAAAAAAAAGAAUGAAAGAGGUACUGGAAUCGUUGAAAAGGGAAAACUAAAUCGUCAAAAGACGAAAGAAAUUGAAGCAAGAAAAACCAAAACCCGAGAAAGGAAGAGAAAUGAUUUAAAAAAACAAAACAUGUUAAACAUGUUAAUCAAAGUAGUUAAAUAAGGAGAGUGAAAAGAAUCGGAAUAACAAACACUUUGUGAGAAUAUCGAUGAAACAUAACUACAUGAAACAAAACUGGCGAUCAAACGAGACAUCGUAAUGUCAAAAAUAGGUUCAAUUUUUGAUGGAUUAUUCAUUCAAAAUUCGAUUAUUAGCUGGAGUAUUGGUUGCGAAUAUGAUUUUUGUUUCAAAGUUAAAAACGCAUUUGCCUAUAAGUGAACAUGAUCAAGAGAAUGACCAUGUGAAGCACUUGAGUAAAACUUUCAUUGGAUAUUCGCAUUUGAAUUUUUCCCGGAAAAAUGAAGAAACCUUACAUUUGUUCAAACAAAAUCAACACACUGAACAAGAAUCGAAGAAUGAGAAUCGCCUUAGCAUCAUCAUCGUCAUCAGUAAAUGAAAAAAAAAUCUAUCAUUCACAUGAAAACAAAACAAAAAACAUCCCGUAGAACAGCAAAACAUCGGAAAACCAGCAAAAAGCAAACAAGUAGGAAUAAAAAAAAACAUCAAGAAGAAUAGUUUUCCAUACGAAAACGGAACCUUUGAAGAAGUAAAGAAAGUGAAAGUAAAUCGUUACACAAAGAAAACAUCAAACGGAAGGAAGAUGACGAAGAAUGGAAAGAAGAAAAAUCAAAUCGAGAGGAUGAAAACUAUUUUUUGUUAUUUUGUUUUUUGUUUGUCUCGCACACGAAGCAAUCUCUCGAAGGCAGCAGCCUCCCCACCUCCCGAAGUUCUUAUAUUCUGGCAACACACGGAUGUGAAAUUUUUCCGGAAAACGAUGAAGCUGCUGCAAACAAGAUUUCUGAGAGAAAACGAAAUCGAGAGAAGAUGGAGACGGAAAAUAUUGUUUUUAUGAUUAUGAAAAGAUCAUUAUUUUAAGUGAAAUAGAAGAAAAAAAAUUGAAAAUAUAACAAAAAAAACGCUGAACCGAA